GUGUUGUGCACCCCGGGGAUCAGAAGGUGAGGAUCUAUGGCGAAGUCUCUGACCAGGUGCGUGGAUGCAAGAGGAUGACUGUCUUGAAUGCCUUGGUGGACUGGCGUUCUCCUUUUGUGGACUUGCUUCUGACCGAUGCCAGUACUAUCGUUGCUCAUGGUCUUUGUCCUGGGCCUGAUUUGUUCCGUCUGGUUGAGGUUUGUUCUGGUGUUGCCUGUUCCUCUGUUGGACUUGGUUUUGCCGGUUUCAAGCAUGUUGCCAGUGUUGAGUGGAGUCAACCACUCGCACGCCUUCACUCCUUGUGCCAUCCAGAUGUCCCGGUGUUGAAUUUGGAUUUGACCAGUCCUGCCUGUGCUCAGUCCCUUUUGACUUCCGUUGACCCACCGUUCUCAUUGAUGGCAGGUAUCAGUUGUCAACCAUACUCCACCGCAGGCAGCCAAGGUGGAUCCAGUGAUGCCAGGUCGUCGACUCUCCCUGCGACACUCAGGCUUGGUCAUUUGUGUCAGUGCCCGCUCAUCAUCAUUGAAUGCGUUUGCCCUGCCCAGAGCAACAAGUUUGUCCAAGCUCAUUUGAGGGCUUUGGAAGACCAGUUGGGGUAUCGUGUCUCGGACUUGACUCUUCGACUAGAGGACAAUUGGGUUGCCCGUCGGGCACGUUGGUGGGUCAUUGCAGUUCACCCUUGUUUUGCUCCCAUUUGUGUCCCAGAAUGGCCCCAUCAUCCACACCUUUGCAUCCGUGAUCUCAUGCCAUAUGUUAAGCAAUGGCCAGAUGAAGUGAUGCGUGAGUUGCUCCUUGAUGAUGAAGAGCUCAGACAAUUUACCUUGGAUGGCUCCCAUAUGCGAAAGUACUUGGUCCAGACUUCCGGAAAACUGCCAACAUGUUUGCACAGCUGGGGCAGUCAGAGUAGAGCAUGCCCAUGCCUUUGCAGGUCGACCGGCUUCAGUGACCAACUGAUUUUGCAGAGGGGUAUUUUUGGUCAAGUGCUUCCAGUACCUGUUUCACAAGGGCCACCAAAGUAUCGGCACUUUCACCCUGCUGAACUGAGCCUCCUGAAUGCCAUGCCACUUGUGCCAGGUCUGUAUCAGAACACGGUUGACUUGCGACUUGGAAUCUGUGCCAUUGGCCAGCUGGCCUCGCCGCUCCAAGCUGGGUGGGUAGGUGCUAGUGUUGCAUGGCAGAUCCAACACGCCUUGGGAUUGCCCACUGUGGACCCUCCUGCAGUACUUCAGAGUAUCAAAGCCAUUCUCUUUAGUAAUGUGAGGACUGCCGAAGCUGCUUUGAACCAAGGUGCCUGCCAGUAUGGAUGGACUGAUGAUGCCACCGGCCGUCCCUUAGGUGAUGAUGACUGCAUCCGAGGGUUAUGCAUCCGUGCCAAUUUUGCCGAUGCCUUGCACAGUCAGGGCCUCCCUGCACGCCCUGCCACCGGCAAUGAAGUUCCAGAGCCUUUGCCUGAACCAGCAUCCGAAAGUACAUCCGCCAGUCGUGCUUCUGUGCCUCAGUCAGUCGAUGUUGACAUGGUUCCAUGCUCAGUUCGGCCAGAUCCUCUCAGUGGACUUACUCAUCUGUCAGGUCCGUCUUUGGCUGCGUUGGUCCCUCCUUUGCUGCCUGACUUGCAUCACAUCCAAAUCAUGCGUCAAGAGCAUGCUGGUGUUGAUAAUCGUUUGUUGAUCCUGCACAAUCAGGGCCCCGCCAUGGCAGAUGAUGAACUGCUCCUCCAUGUCCGUGCGUGCAUCAAGUUGUCUGGGCGAACCGAUGUCCACAUGAUCGACCCUGUCCUUGCGGCCAGUUGGCUCCGUGUGGGCACUGUUGAGCAGGUGCGUGCUUGGCUCAUGUCUGUGGACUCUUGCUGCUGUGCGGUCACCGUUGUCCCUUGCUCUGAUCACUGGAUUCCUGUUGUCUGGACUCGUGGUCAACGUGGUGUGUCUGUUUCAAUCUGGGAGGUUGACGGCGUUGAUGUUGAUGGACUUAACCCGCUGCAUGGACUUAUCUGCCAAGCUUGGACUUCGCCUGGAUUUGCUGUCACUUGCACUCGCCGCACCUUUGGCUUGACACACUGCGGAGCUGCUGCCUUUGCGUACUUGGCCCAUGUCCUGUUGGAUAAGCCUCUGCCUUUGGAUUUUGACGCCAUUGUUGCCCUUCAUGGGGAUCUUCAGGAAAGUUUUGCAGCCGCCAUCAUGGACUUGUCUGUUGUCCCGCGUCCUUGGUGUUGGGGUCUUGGAGUUCCAGACACCCUGGGUCUUGUAGCUAACUUGCUGCAAUUGCAUGGAGUCCCGCUUGAACAAUCGGCACAGAGAGCCAAACUUGUGGUACAGGGUUUAGGCCGUAGUGCAGUCACCAAUGCCGUCACGGGGGGCACGCCUUGGAAGUCCCUCAAAGCUUUGGCCAACCUGCAAACGCCGCCUGUGCAACUUGUCCUUCCCGAUGAACAACAGCAGAGGGUACUUCAGAAGAACCCCAAACCCAAGAAGCAAACGAGUCAGCGCCCUGCCAUGCCUGCCCGCCCUCGUGAACUUGACCCAGCCAAAAUUCAGCUUGACCCUGGAGCCUUUUGCACAGGACAUGAUGAGCCAGUUUGCCAAGUGGACUUUGCUCAGAUUGGACCGUUAGUGACAGGAGUUGCCUUGACCAACUUUGCUGAUGCCACUCCCUUUCUGCAAGCAGACAAGCUGCUGACCAGCCGUGGACUUGCAUUGCUGAUCCUGAAUCCACCCAAAGACCUGCCGACCAAUCUGCAGUAUGCCACUGUCAGAUUCGCUGCCAGAUGUGCCCUGAACCAAGAGCCCAUGCUGCUCACAGGUGCCCUCGUCCAACUGGGAGGAGCAGUUAUCUAUCAGUACAAGGCCCAGAAUACCCCUGCGAUCAUGUCUGUUGACGUUGCUUGCGCCAGGGUCACCGUUUUUGCUGACCAGUGGGAUGGUAAAUGGGAGGACUUUGCAGCCAAGCCGAUCAAGCAUAUCCUUGCUGCCAUCCCUGCACUCCAGGUUUGCAAGAUGGAAUCAUGCUCUUGCCCUGCUUGGCAUCCGCCUCCAGAUGGACCCCAUGAUGCCCUUUUGGAUGUGUUCAGACGCCAAUUCCUCAAUGAGGUUGUCGCAGUCAGUGGCCAAAAAGGUGUGUAUGUUGAGCCGAAGACGGAAGACGCAGCCCAGCCGAGCGGCGACUUUCAGGUGAUCUGGCUCCCACAGCAUGACUAUGCAUCUGUGGCCCACAUGGCCAAAUGCGAGGCUCACUGUGUUGGCAUUGCAAGAACUGGUCGCCGAUAUGGACUCAGGGUGCACACAACUCACUUCCAGCAAGUGUUUGCCAGCGUCAAGCCAGACGCAGUUUUCCUGGCACCAGGCUCCCGGAUGGUUUUCCAUUGCGGCCCAUGGCCAUAUGGCAGUGAUCGCAAAGGGCUGGCACGCACACUCAAGGCCAGCGGUUGGGAGUGCAGGCCGCUUCAGCCCCUGCAGAGCGCUCCAGGAGGACUCAUGUGGUCUGUCCAGGCCAAUGUGGAGCCACCAGCCAAUGUGAUGAGCAUGCACCACGGCCAGGUUGUCAUCACUCGACAUGAUGCACGUGCCACCCUGCCGGAACCUGACAUGAGAGUCAUCGGCCAGGCCAACACGGUCCAGCUCUGCUCUGUCACAGAUGGUGCCAGCACCGACCCAUGGCUGCACAAUGAGCUGGAACAGAGAAUCGAGUCCAAGGUCCUGGCCAAGAUGCCGAUCCAGGCAGAACGCAUGGAAGUGGACGAUCAGGACUCUCGCAUUUCCCUUUUGGAGCAGCAGAUGCACCAACUUACAAGUCGCCAGACGGUGCUGGAGUCCACGGUUACUGACCACCAUGCCCAAAACACCGCGCAGGUACAGGGGUUGCAACAACAGAUGAUGAUGCAACUCGAGAUGCAGUCAAAGCAGAUGCAGGGCAUGUUGUCAGAUCAAAUGUCCCGGCUGGAGCAGAUUUUGGCGAAGAAACCCCGGACCGAAUGA